GAAACAGUCACUGGGUUAAUCACAGUUCACAAACCUGUAGCAUGUUUACGAUUUGUUCCUUGUUUACUGUGACUCUGCUGAAAUGUGGUUAGCCACUUAGGGCCCGUUUCUGGUCAGCUGUGCGGAGCGGUGCAGAGCGGUGCAGAGGGGUAUCAUGCGGUGGGGAAAUCCGUCAGUGUGAUGUCAAAGCCUGAGAACAGCCGAGAGGCGGGUCUGAAGCAGACCAGGACGUCCAACUCCACAGCGUGUCUGAGCAAAAUGAAACAUGGAUGAGGAGGUCGCUGAAAGUUGGGAGGAAGCUGCUGAUAGUGGGGAAAUGGAAAAACGGUUAGAAGAGAAGCUAAGGAUCAGCCAGAAAGAAAAGGAGUCCAGCAAUAUAACAUCACGAUCUCCACUGAGGACAACCAUGGUGAUACAGGACGACUCCCUCCCAGCAGCACCCCCACCUCAGAUCCGCAUUCUGAAGCGGCCUGCAAGUAAUGGGUCAUUGGGCUCCUCCUUGAAUCAGAACAGGCCCACACCGCAGGUCAAAUCUCUGGCCCAGCGUGAGGCAGAGUACGCCGAGGCCAGGAAGAGAAUACUGGGCAGCGCCUGCCCAGAGGAGACGCCUCAGGAUAAACCCAGCACAGACAGAGCAGGGCGCAAUAACUCUACAUUGCCUUCCGAGGACACCCGAUCAAACAAUCACACUGUCCGGCAGCCAGCCGGCCCAGACGGCACCCAUGGGUUCCGACAGCACAGAUAAGUGGGCCCUGGGGCCACCCAGCCAUUGAGGGGAGAGAGAUAAAGGGCCACCAGAGAGCAAAGACAGCACUGUGUUCUUAAAACUUCCUUCCUUCAGUUCCAGUAUAUCAGAUGGGCUGUGAGCACAGCUGCACUGCUGCCCCACUCUGCCCACCAGCAGUGGUUUGGAACUGACAGGGAGCAAGGAACCCCCGGAGGAAGUCAAAUGGAAAUGUGCUCUCUUCUCUCCCCCACUCCAGUCUGUUUGACACUGUGAUUAUGGACAUCUUCUGGACUCACUGUGAUGAUCCCUUUAAGAGACGCCCCUCGCCUCCAUCUCUGUCCUCCUUCAGUGCCCGGCGGCUCCGUCUCAGCCUGCAAGGCAGAAGCAAAGACUUAAGCAGAGGACGGCAGAGAGGAGCAGAAGUGAAGGGCGCUUAGCAAAAUGAGAUGAGCUGGUACUCGGGCAGCAGCUUAUCCCCAGCAAUAAUACCAGACAUCACUUACAAACCUUUUACAUACAUGUUUUUAAUUUUCAGUUGUCGGCUCAUUAAAUUUUUAUCUUUUGUUCUUCCUGCUUGUCUCUAUCUAUACUAGGGAUGCUCUGAUAUCUAUAGAGUACAGAUACUUCACAUAAUACAUACA